CGGCUGUCAUACCUGUCUAUAGCUACCUGCCUUGAGGCAUAGAUGUCAAAUGUGACGUGAAGGUGUUUUUUUUUUCGUUUGUUCUUUCACCAGCUUAUGUAAAAUCAAACCCGGACUUGUGUGCCUUGCUUGGAGAUCUACAAUUUGCUGGUUAAACCCAAGCAGCGCACGAGCUAAAAUAACAGGAUUCUACCAGCAAAAUGUUGGCCGUUCGUCCGCUGUUGACGAAGGCACUGUUGUUACCAUCAACCAACGGUGCCGCUCAAGUUUUACGAUCAAAAGCCACUCUGCCGGUGGUAGAGAACGACAAACCGGAAAAACUUCCUUACUCGCCGUUCGGUACAAAGCAGUCGAAUUGGGCUGACUGGACAGUCGCUCGGCUGGAUGAUGUGCUGAACUGGGGCCGCAAAGGAUCCAUCUGGCCUCUGACGUUCGGGUUGGCAUGCUGUGCGGUUGAGAUGAUGCAUAUCGCCGCUCCGCGCUACGAUAUGGAUCGGUUCGGUGUUGUAUUCCGUGCUUCACCCCGCCAGGCGGACGUGAUCAUCGUGGCUGGUACGCUUACCAACAAGAUGGCACCAGCUCUGCGUAAGGUGUACGACCAAAUGCCGGAACCGCGCUGGGUCAUCUCAAUGGGUAGCUGUGCGAAUGGUGGUGGCUACUAUCACUACUCAUACUCGGUGGUGCGUGGCUGUGAUCGGAUUAUUCCGGUCGACAUCUAUGUGCCCGGCUGUCCACCGACCGCAGAAGCUCUGCUGUACGGCGUGCUGCAGCUGCAAAAGAAGGUUAAGCGCAUGAAGACGCUGCAGAUGUGGUAUCGCAAAUAAGUAAUUUCCAUUCAUUUCUUUGUUGUUUUGGCGUAUCAAACGAAAUAAAAUUGUAGGUCGUAUGUACCAUUGAUUGCAAUUA